GCGGAAAGAAGUUUACAGCUGCAGCCGCCUCCUGCCGCAUUGACAGUCACUCCUUCCUCGUACAAUUCGCCAUGGCUUCAGCAACAGCUUCAGAUCUCCAGACGUCAUCGCAGAUCACAACACAGGGCUUGAACACCUCGGCAAGCACACAAUUUUCAACUGUCAACAUUGGCACCCGCAAUUCCGCUCUUGCUCUGAUCCAGGCGAAUGCCGUCAAGCAAGCCCUAAAAGAUGCCUAUCCAGACCGCACGUUCGAGAUCAAGCCUGUGAUGGUGCAGGGAGACAGGGACAAGAUCACGCCUCUACAGCAACUUAGCCAAGGCGAGAAUGCAAAGAGUCUGUGGACUGGCGAGCUGGAGAGCAUGCUGGAGGCGGGCGACCUGGAUAUCAUUGUCCACUGUCUGAAGGACAUGCCCACCCACCUCCCCGAUAACCUCCUCCUCGGCGCCAUCCUCGAGCGCGAAGACCCCAGCGACGCCCUCAUCAUCUCGCCCCGUCUCCCGAAAGAGACUACACUCGCCACUCUCCCGCAGGGCGCCACCAUUGGCACAUCUUCAGUCCGCCGUGCCGCUCAGCUACGCAAGCUCUACCCACACUUGCAAUUCGCUGACCUGAGAGGCAAUGUUGGAACGAGGUUAGGCAAGCUAGAUGCCGAGGACUCGCAGUACUCCGCUAUUAUCCUGGCGACUGCUGGGCUGAACAGGAUAGGCUUCUCGAAUCGCAUCAGCCAGAAGCUCUCGAGCUCGACUGGCGGUAUGCUGCACGCUGUGGGACAAGGCGCGCUGGGCAUUGAGAUCAGGAAAGAUGACCAGCCUAUGCAAGACAUGCUCAGCAAGAUCCGGUGUGAGCGCACAACGCGAGCAUGCGGUGCAGAACGCGCGCUUCUGCGAACACUCGAGGGCGGCUGCAGUGUACCCAUCGGUGUUGAGACAACAUGGCGUGGGGGCAAGGGCCUCGCGGUUGGCACGCAGCCAGCGAGGGACUACGACAAGCACGGUGCAGCUCUUGAGACUUCAGAGCCGGACCUCGAUGAUCAAGAGCUGGUUCUCAAGACACUUGUCGUCAGCGUAGACGGGACAGAGUUCGUCGAGCACGAGGCUGCGCGCAAGGUCCGAUCGGCAGAUGAAGCCGACGCCUUUGGCAGAGAUAUCGCAAAGGUACUGACCGAGAAGGGUGCAGGAAAGAUUUUGGAGAAAAUCAAGGUUGAGAAGCAGUGGGGAGCCAAGAAGCAGCUGGAGGCCAUGGGCGUUGCUCCAGGCACAGCAUAGACGGCAACGUGGUCAUGAGCACGCAUGCUUGAUACCCAGCACAGCAAAUCAAUUGAGUCGUCGCAGGAGAUCAUGAUGUUAUGCCACAUGGUCUGAGACAUGAGGAGUCAUUUGCGUACCUCGGCAAAGCCAAUUUACCGUCAAAAUUCAUGAGUGUUUCUGGUGUCAGCAGUCUUGACGGGCCGUUCGAAAAGCAUUACAGCACCCAUCGAUUGCAGACGAGCAUCAACACCGCUCUCGUUGUUUUGGCUCGCGAAUACUGACCGCAGGGGUGGAGGCAAUGCUGAUCAAGAUCGAUCAGUCCAUCUGGUUGGCGGAGCACCCUUCAUUGUGUAAGUUGCGCGAUAAUCCACUCUGGGCAACUUAGGCUCGAAGAAGGGCUAGUCUGAGU